AUGGCCACACGGCCCAUUCUCCUGCGGUUUGAGAGUCGAAAUGGCCAGUUCCGACUCACUGUGAACCCGGGCGACCUCUUCCCUUCUCUUCAACAAAAGAUUCUCGAAAACCUGCCACCAGACGUUGAUCCAGCAUCUCUGUCCUUGUCUAAUCGACCUAUAGGCACCGGCGGUGAGGAACGACAACUUCAGGCAUUGGAUGGGGUGUCAAUCGCCCAAGUUGGCUUGAAGCAUGGCGACAAGCUUUUCUUAGGAUAUCAGCAAGGCUCCACGCCGCAGAAUGGGACCUCGAACGGACAUACAUCCGUAUAUACUGAACGCCGUCUGAACGGGACAUCGGUACCUCAAGACAAGACUAUGCACCACCGACCAAAGCCUACCUCUCCUACCCUUGACGUAUCAAAUCCAUGGGAUGUGGUGAAACAAUCGGCCUUAGACAACAUCCUAGACAAGAAAGACGGUAAGAUCAAGCGCAAGCAAGACCAGCGGAUGUGCAAACAUGGCCCUCGGGGCAUGUGUGACUACUGCAUGCCACUCGAGCCUUACGACUCGAACUACUUAUCCGAAAAGAAAAUCAAACACUUGUCUUUCCAUUCCUACUUGCGAAAGAUCAAUGCUUCGACCAACAAGCCCGAGGUCAAGGACUCCUAUAUACCUCCCUUGAAUGAGCCUUUCUACCGAGUACGACAAGAUUGUCCGUCUGGCCACCCACCAUGGCCGGAAGGCAUCUGCACCAAAUGUCAACCGAGCGCAAUCAGCCUACAACCCCAAGAGUUCCGGAUGGUGGACCAUGUGGAAUUCUCGACCCCGGACUUGAUCAACUCUCUUCUGGACUUCUGGCGUAAAUCGGGUGCCCAAAGACUAGGUUUCCUCUACGGAACGUACGAAGAAUACACAGAAGUGCCUCUCGGGAUCAAAGCUGUGGUCCAGGCGAUCUAUGAACCGCCGCAGGUCAACGAAGUGGAUGGUAUCACGCUCCAUGAUUGGCACAAUGAAAAAGAAGUCGAUGAGGUCGCACACCUUUGUGGUCUACAGAAAGUCGGAGUCAUCUUCACAGAUCUUCUCGACGCAGGCCGGGGAGAUGGCUCUGUGAUUUGCAAACGCCACAUCGAUUCCUACUUCCUCUCCUCAUUAGAGAUUGCAUUCGCCUCACGCCUGCAAGCUCAGAACCCCAAAGCGACAAAAUGGAGUCGAUCAGGACGCUUUGGAUCAGACUUCGUGACAUGUGUGCUGAGCGGUGAUGACACCGGGGCAAUUGCUGUAAGCUCAUAUCAAGCGACUGUCUCAGCCGUGGAAAUGGUGCGCGCGGAUAUUAUUGAACCCUCGGCAGAGCCUUCUGUCAUGCUGGUACAAUCCGAGGACGAUGAGGAUACUGGAAGCCGGACCAGGUAUAUCCCCGAGGUUUUCUUUCGACGUAUCAACGAGCACGGGGCUAGUGUACAGGAGAAUGCCAAACCCAGUUUCCCCGUGGACUUUCUGCUCGUGACUCUGACUCACGGCUUCCCAACGGAAUCCAACCCUCUUUUCAUCAAUAGCCGGUUCCCCAUCGCCAAUCGCGAAAUCAUCGGCGAAAGCCAGGAGCUACGACACGUAGCCCAACAGUUGAUGUCUCCCGGCGACCCGGAUAAAGCCAUCCAGGGCGUCUCGGACUUCCACCUUCUGUGCUUCUUACAUGGGCUUUCUACAUUCUCGAAGGAUGAAGAAGCUCUUCUCUGCCGAGUUGCAACCUCCCACUCCCCCGCCGAUGGAAUGCAGCUGCUGAAUACAUCUGGAUGGGCUACUUUGAUGACAAUUCUCCAGGAGAGUGGUGAGCGCCCCCCCUAA